AUGGUGCUAUGCUCCAUCGUGCUGUUGUUUGCGCUCCAGCGUUUCGCAACGGGCCUCAUCCUAGCACCGCCAACUUUUGGGUUUGUGCGUGGGCAGCGCGCCGCCACUCGCUUGUGCUCCCAGAGCUUACCGGUGGUCCAUGCUGGGCCGAUCGCACUCUCGUGGGCGGCAGGCGGUUUGACGCUGCUGCUGCAGCACCACUUUACCGAUUGGACACAGGCUGGCGCGGAUGCGGCCUACCUCUCCCAGCGCCUGCAAGACGUGGGCGUUGGGCCGCUCCCGCAACCGGACCUGCAGGUCGCUCUGCUCUGGGCAUACCUGUACGCCAUGAGCGUUGGAGUUAGCUUCGCCAUGCCUGGAAUCGUGCCCGCGGCGCAGUCUAAGGCGGACGCCGAGGGCGCGGUCGAGCCGUUGAAGCACGCCCUCACCGCGGUCGACCUCUCGUACAUUGCUCUCAACUCGCUCUGCCUGCCCGGCCUCUUCUACCACUUCGUCACGCUCCUGCGCAGCUGGGGGCUCGACUUUGACGCGCCGGCCUGCGGCAUCUACCCCGAGAAGCCGCUCCUUCUCCUCACAGAGACGCUGCCUGAGCUGGCCAUGUACCUGCCGCUCUACUUCAUCACGUACGAGUUCGUGCCCGUCCUCUACAAGUGGGUGCACAAGCACCACCACCAGCAAACCUACCCCGACCGCGCCGUCAUCGACACGCUCAACACAGGGUGCGUCGAGUCGCAGGUUGGCUUGUACUCACAGCUGGCGCUGCUCUGGGCCUUUGGCAAGCUCGGUCUGGGCAGGCGCGCUCUGCCCUUCGACGUCUUCAGCGCGAGGGACCACCACAUGCACCACGCCUUUGUCAAGUGCAACUACUCUCCCUACGGCAGCUUGUGGGACCGCGCGUUUGGCACAUUCAAGCCCUUUCAGGUGAGGCCCAAGACUGGCGACGGGCCAAAUGCGGGACUCUGA